UUGUUCGUUCCGGUGACAAACCGGAGUCCCUGAGGUCUGCUCAGCGUGGAUCCUCGCCAAACAAGCAGAUGGACACAAACCUGCCAGAGGGGAAUGGACAGGAGCUACCAUCACAGAAGGAGGAGGGUGAAGAGAUGGAGGUCACCAUGACAACGCCACUGGAAACUGUCGCCAUGACGCCCGACAGUACGGACAAGAAAACGCAUCCGGAGGAAACGGGAGACGUACAAACACACUCAACAGCGUCUGUGGACAGGGUGUGUAAGACAGAGGACUGUGAUGAGGAGGACUCCGACGACUCAGACAGCGACAGUUCCUCUAGCUCAUCCUCUUCCUCCUCCUCUUCCUCGUCGUCCUCGUCUCCCUCUGUCCGUGUGUUUGAGGAGGAUGAUGAUGAAGGUUUCAGCCAACCAGUGCCCAUCAAAACAAGAGAUGAAGUUCUGCUGGAGGAGCUUCCAGCGGUGGAGGAAGUGUGUGUGACGUUACCCGAGGAAGCAGAGCUGCAGCCAGUGGGAACCAUCUCCAGUAUCGUGCAGCAGCUCGUUAUUAUCCAGUCUCUGAAAGACACGCCCCCUCUGAACGACGACAGCAUCCUCUUCAGGUCCGAUAAGCUGGCGGUGGGCAAGGUUUUUGAGGUGUUUGGUCCAGUGUCCAGCCCGCUGUACAUUUUGCGUUUUAAUUCUGCGGACCAGAUCGUCAGCCGGGGGCUGACGGAGGGACUGACGCUUUACUACGCACCAUCCAUUAAGGAGUACACAGAAUACAUCCUCACACAGCAGCUCAAACUAUCCAUCAGUGUUUUCUUUAGAUUCCUAAAUCUCUUCUUUCCUCCAGAUAAACCUGCCAACUCCACCCAGAGCACCUUUCGGAAGAAGCACGACGCGAGGGGUUUCCCACCCAGACACGCAGGGCCUCCGUUCAGGCACCAGGACUCCAGAAGCCAGCAGCCUCCGUUCAGGCCCUCGGAGGUGUCGCCCAUGUACCUCCCUCCUCCCUGCCCUUACCCUCCACCUCCUCCUCACCACUUCCCUCCACCCAGCUUCCCUCUCUAUCCUCCUCCUCCAUAUUUCUUCAACCCUUCCUUCUCCUCUCCUCUCUGGCCCCCAAACUCCUUCUCUGACUUCCCACCUCCUCCUCCUCCUCCCCCUCCUCCUCCACUGUGAGGCCUGGACAUGAACCACCGACAGUCUGUCCUGUUGAAGAAGAGCACCUCAUCCUGAUGUGAUCUGCUGUUAGCUCUGCUUUAUUCACACCAUACGCUCACUGAGCUGAGUUGUAACCGACCACCUUUAACUUAGUUUCCCUGUUCGGACCUCCUGUGAGAGCAGAGCAGGUCGUCCCCGACUGAAGCUGGAUUUUUAUUAGUCAGAUUCCAAGUAAAUGCAUAAAACUUCUUACACAACAUUUUUUAAACUCCGUGCCGUUACUGACCACUUCCCCCCUGUUCACGUGUUUUAUCUGGACUUAAACCGGGGCUUUGGUGGCCUGGUGAUCGUUUGCAGCUAAACCCUGACUCACCAUGACUUAGGACUGAACCGGCAGCGUGGGCCAGUCAGCAGACGAUUUCCUACUGAAGCACAAACCUGUUUCUGUCCUCAGUCAGAGGUGUGAAGGACAAAGAACAAGCUGAUGAAUGACUUGUUGGGUCUUUGUAUAGUUUUUAAUGAGCCAGUGGGACUUCAAUCAACUGAGCUGGGACUUAAAUGAACUGACCCUGGCUGGUGUUUUUGGUGUUAUUGGACAGAUGAGGUGACCACCGGGGUGUCUGUGGGCAGCUGUCCACCUUUACAUGUGCUGGGUUUUUCUGUUUUGUUCCUGGAAGGCAGAAUGACGGAGGACUCAGUUCUGGUCACGUUGAGGAUCAGACGGGUCCCAGUGAUCUGCUUCAGCGUGUCUCAUGAUGGACUGUUAGAAAUGAUCCUGUGUUGGUCGGUGCCGCUCCACUACUGCUGAGAUGCCACCAUAAAGUCCAUUUCUAUCCAUAUUUGUAUUGUUUUAGCUCAUUCUCAGGUCCAUCCUUAAAGCAGACACACACAUUAGUUUAACAGCCGUGCAGUCUGUCAUCUCCACAUUGUUCUAAUCUACACACAGUCAGUCAUCCUCACUGUAGAUGUCUGAGGCUCACCGCUGACUGCGACGUGUUUCUGAAACAUUCCAGCUUCUGCUUUUAGCCGUUCACGUCUGAGUUCAGCAGAUCCCUGCAGGACGAGUCCUGAGCUCUGUCAGGGACGUUCUCAUGUGACUGCAAGCAGAGCCGCGAUCCAGUUUGUGUAGAAAGGAAAGUUUUGGACCCAAUUGGGUGAGAUUCUUUGACAACAGUCCCCCAGAGGUUCGUCCCCUGCCUUGUGUCACACCUCCAUGUCCUCUGUGAUGUUAUCUAUGAACAGCAGUGAGCUGUGGACCUGUAGCUGUACCGUUUGUUUCAUUUCAAGUAUAAAGACCUUUUUUUCUUUCA